CCAUAAAAAACCCCAAUCUCCUCCGAUUCGCCGGAAUCAAUGGAGUCCCCGGCACCGGAAUCCAUCUUUCUCGAGGACUUCGGCCAGACGGUUGACCUUACUCGCCGCAUCCGCGAGGUUCUGCUGAAUUACCCGGAGGGAACCACCGUCCUCAAGGAGCUCAUACAGAACGCUGACGAUGCUGGCGCCACCACCGUUUCCCUCUGCCUCGACCGCCGCUCCCACGGCCGCGAUUCGUUGCUCUCGGAUUCCCUGUCGCAGUGGCAGGGGCCGGCGCUGUUGGCCUACAACGACGCCGUUUUUACUGAAGAUGAUUUCGUCAGUAUAUCCAAGAUCGGUGGGAGCAGCAAGCAUGGACAGGCUUCGAAGACUGGCCGAUUUGGGGUUGGCUUCAAUUCAGUCUACCAUUUGACAGAUCUUCCUUCCUUUGUGAGUGGCAAAUACGUGGUGCUAUUUGAUCCUCAGGGUGUUUAUCUUCCAAGAGUUUCUGCAGCAAACCCUGGGAAGCGGAUUGACUUCACCAGUUCAUCUGCCCUCUUGUUCUACAAGGAUCAGUUUUUCCCCUAUUGUGCUUUUGGUUGUGACAUGCAAAGUCCUUUUGCUGGAACGUUAUUCCGUUUUCCUCUGAGGAAUGCAGAUCAGGCAGACAGAAGUAAGCUCUCAAGGCAAGCAUAUUCACCAGAAGACAUUUCCUCCAUGUUUGUUCAGCUCUUUGAAGAAGGAGUUUUGACGCUUCUUUUUUUAAAGAGUGUGCUGUGCAUUGAAAUGUAUGUGUGGGAUGCUGGAGAACCCGAACCAAAGAAAAUUCAUUCAUCCUCUGUUAGUUCAGUAACUGAUGAUACAGUUUGGCAUCGGCAGGCACUGCUCAGAUUGUCUAAGUGUUUAAAUACCACUAGUGAAGUGGAUGCAUUCCCAUUGGACUUCUUAAGUGAGGGAGUAAGUGGACUUGAAACUGAGAGGCAAACAGAAAGAUUUUAUGUGGUGCAAACCAUGGCCUCAGCUUCUAGUAGGAUUGGUUCUUUUGCUACCACUGCAUCCAAAGAAUAUGACAUUCACUUGCUACCUUGGGCAUCAGUUGCGGCAUGCAUUUCGGACAAUUCACUGAAUAGCGAUGUUCUUAGGACUGGUCGGGCAUUCUGUUUUCUUCCACUGCCUGUUAGAACCGGACUUAGUGUACAAGUCAAUGGAUUCUUUGAGGUCUCAUCAAAUCGUCGUGGCAUUUGGAAUGGGGAGGAUAUGGACAGAAGUGGGAAAGUUCGUUCUCUCUGGAAUAGGCUUCUACUGGAAGACGUUGUGGCUCCUGCAUUUAUACAUAUGCUGCUUGGUGUGAAAGAAUUGCUAGGGCCAACGGACAUUUACUAUUCUUUAUGGCCCAUUGGUUCUUUUGAAGAUCCAUGGAACAUUUUGGUUGAACAAAUAUACAAAAACAUUGGGAAUGCUCCAGUUAUGUAUUCAGAUCUCAAUGGAGGAAUAUGGGUAUCACCAAGUGAAGCCUUUCUACACGAUCAAAAAUUCACCAAAAGCAAGGACCUUGGUUUGUCUCUGAUGCAACUAGGAAUGCCAGUUGUGCAUUUGCCUAAUUCAUUGUUUGACAUGCUUUUAAAAUAUAAUUCCAGCAAGGUGGUAACUCCUGCUACAGUACGUCAAUUUCUUAGGAAAUGUGGAACAUUUAAUUAUUUGAGCAGACAAUACAAGCUUCUAUUGUUGGAAUAUUGCCUAGAGGACUUGGUUGAUGAUGAUGUUGGUAAAGAGGCAUACAAUCUGCCCUUACUUCCAUUAGCAAAUGGCAAUUUUGCAUCAUUUUUGGAAGCAUCAAAAGGAAUUUCUUAUUUCAUUUGUGAUGAAUUAGAAUACAAGCUCCUGCAGCCAGUUUCUGACAGAGUAAUUGAUCAGAGCAUUCCUCUCAAUAUAUUGGGCAGACUCUCUGGUAUUGCAAGGUCGUCAAAGACCAAUCUUACUCUUUGCAGCAUUCACCAUUUUGCUCAGUUAUUUCCUGGGUUUAUGCGAGCUGACUGGAAAUAUAAAAGUAAAGUGUUCUGGGAUCCCCAAUCCUGUCGAAAGCCAACAUCAUCAUGGCUUUUGCUGUUCUGGCAAUAUCUAGGAAAGCAGAGUGAAAUAUUGUCACUAUUUAGUGAUUGGCCUAUUUUACCAUCCACAUCUGGGCAUCUGUUAAGACCUUCCAGACAAUUGAAAAUGAUCAAUGGAAGCAAUCUCUCUGAUAGAGUUCAGGAUAUCCUUGUGAAAAUUGGAUGUAAUAUAUUGAAUCCGAGUUAUGUAGUUGAACAUCCGGAUUUAUCUAAUUAUGUAUGUGAUGGCAGUGCGGCAGGUGUACUGGAAUCAAUUUUUAAUGCAUUUUCAAGUGCUGACAUUAUGCAACUUUCACUUGAUAGUCUAAUAGCUGAAGAACGAAAUGAACUCCGCAGAUUUCUUCUUGAUCCUAAAUGGUAUGUUGGACAAUCCAUGGAUGAAUUUAGCAUAAGGUUUUGCAAGAGAUUACCUAUAUAUCAAGUCUAUGGCAGAGAGUCUGCUCAAGAUUCCCAAUUCUCUGACUUAGAAAAUCCUCUAAAGUACUUACCACCACUAGAUGUGCCGGAGUUUGUUCUGGGCAUUGAGUUCAUUGUCAGAUCGUCAAAUAUUGAAGAGGAUAUUCUGUCAAGAUAUUAUGGAGUUCAGAUAAUGGGGAAAGCACAGUUUUACAAGCAGCAAGUUUUUAAUAGAGUUGGGGAGUUGCAAGCUGAGGUUCGCGACAGCAUAAUGUUAUCAGUUCUACGAAAUUUGCCGCUUUUGUCUCUUGAGGACAUAUCUAUCAGGGACUUGUUGAGAAAUUUGGAAUUCAUCCCAAUACUCACUGGUGCUCUUAAGUGUCCUUCAGUUUUAUAUGAUCCUAGUAAUGAGGAACUCUAUGCAUUACUAGAAGACUCAGAUUGUUUUCCUUCUGGUGCUUUCCGAGAAUCUGAAACACUUGAUAUUCUACGAGGCCUGGGCCUUAGAACUUCUGUGUCUCCAGACACUGUUUUACAAAGUGCCCGAUGUAUAGAGCAUCUGAUGCACGUGGAUCAACAAAAGGCCUACUUGAAAGGGAAAGUGCUUUUCUCUUACCUAGAAGUUAAUGUAUUGAAGUGGCUUCCCGAUCAAGUUGUUGAUCAUAAAGGAGGAAUUACCCGAAUGUUAUCACAAGCUGCAACUGCUUUUAGGUCUCGCAACACAAAAUCUGAUAUUGAAAAGUUCUGGAAUGACCUCCGGCUGAUUUCCUGGUGCCCAGUUUUAGACUCUGCUCCAUUUCAGUCAUUACCAUGGCCAGUUGUGUCAUCAAUGGUUGCUCCUCCCAAACUUGUAAGGCCACUAAAUGAUUUGUGGCUAGUCUCUGCUAGCAUGCGGAUAUUGGAUUGUGAAUGCUCUUCCACAGCUUUAUUAUAUAGCCUGGGAUGGAUGUCUCCACCAGGAGGAGGCGUAAUUGCUGCUCAAUUACUGGAGCUUGGAAAAAAUAAUGAGAUUGUGACUGAUCAAGUUCUUAGGCAGGAAUUAGCCCUGGCAAUGCCGAGGAUAUACUCAAUACUGACAGGAAUGAUAGCUUCUGAUGAGAUUGAGAUUGUAAAAGCUGUUCUUGAAGGCUCUAGGUGGAUUUGGGUGGGAGAUGGCUUUGCAACCUCUGAUGAGGUUGUCCUUGAUGGUCCUCUUCAUUUGGCUCCAUAUAUACGGGUUAUCCCAGUUGACUUGGCAGUUUUCAAAAAUUUGUUUCUAGAACUUGGUAUUCGUGAAUUCUUGCAACCGGCUGACUAUGCUAAUAUUCUUUGUAGGAUGGCAGUUAAAAAAGGAUCAUCUCCUCUUGACACACAGGAGAUUAGGGCUGUCACGCUAGUAGUGCAUCAUCUAGCUGAAGUUUACCUUCUUGAACAGAAAGUCCAGGUCUAUCUGCCAGAUCUCUCAGGUAGACUAUUUCUUGCUGGUGACUUGGUUUAUAAUGAUGCCCCCUGGCUGCUUGGCUCAGAAGAUCCUGAUGGGUCAUUUGGCAAUGCAUCAACUGUGUCUUGGAAUGCAAAGAGAACAGUGCAAAAAUUUGUGCAUGGAAACAUUUCUAAUGAUGUAGCAGAAAAGCUUGGUGUCUGUUCUCUUCGCAGGAUGAUGCUGGCUGAGAGUGCAGAUUCAAUGAAUUUUGGUCUAUCUGGUGCUGCUGAGGCUUUUGGACAGCAUGAGGCUUUGACAACAAGGCUUAAGCAUAUACUUGAAAUGUAUGCUGAUGGGCCUGGGACUCUAUUUGAGCUAGUACAAAAUGCAGAAGAUGCUGGAGCUUCUGAAGUAAUAUUUCUUUUGGAUAAAUCUCAAUAUGGGACUUCUUCUAUUCUUUCUCCUGAAAUGGCUGAUUGGCAAGGUCCUGCUCUAUACUGUUUCAAUGACUCAGUUUUUAGUCCACAAGAUCUUUAUGCAAUUUCUCGUAUUGGUCAAGAAAGUAAACUUGAGAAGGCUUUUGCAAUUGGAAGAUUUGGACUUGGAUUUAAUUGUGUCUAUCACUUUACAGAUAUCCCCAUGUUUGUUUCUGGAGAAAAUAUUGUAAUGUUUGACCCUCAUGCCUGUAAUUUACCUGGGAUAUCUCCUUCUCACCCUGGUUUGCGAAUUAAGUUUGUGGGAAGGCAGAUUUUGGAGCAAUUUCCUGAUCAAUUUUCUUCACUGCUACAUUUUGGCUGUGACUUGCAACACCCUUUUCCUGGUACGCUAUUCCGAUUCCCGCUUAGAACUGCAGGUGUUGCCUCUCGGAGCCAAAUUAAGAAGGAAGUAUAUACACCUGAAGAUGUCAAAUCUCUCUUUGCUUCUUUUUCUGAGGUUGUUUCUGAAACAUUACUUUUCUUACGUAAUGUGAAAUCUAUAUCUAUUUUUGUGAAGGAAGGAACAGGACAUGAAAUGCACCUACUGCAUCGUGUACGCAGAACCUGUAUUGGUGAGCCUGAAAUUGGAUCUACUGAAGCCCAGGAUAUAUUCAACUUUUUCAAUGAAAAUAGACAUGUUGGAAUGAAUAGAGUUCAGUUUCUAAAGAAACUAAGCCUAUCCAUUGACAGGGAUUUGCCUUACAAAUGCCAGAAGAUCUUGAUUACGGAGCAAAGCACAUCUGGUCAUAAUUCACACUAUUGGAUAACCAUAGAAAGUUUAGGUGGUGGGAAUGCUCAAAAGGGUACAUCUGAAGCAUCCAAUAGUAACUGUCACAACUUUAUUCCUUGGGCAUGUGUUGCUGCAUAUUUGAAUUCUGUUAAGCUUGGUGGUGACCUGGUUGAUAGUUCAGAGGUGGAGGAUGGUUGUCUGGUUUCUCCUGAUCUGUUUCAGGUUGCUAGUUUGCCUAUGCAUCCAUUGGAAAAUUUUGAAGGUCGUGCAUUCUGCUUUUUACCUCUACCAAUCAGUACUGGUCUUCCUGCUCAUGUAAAUGCAUACUUUGAAUUAUCAUCAAAUCGUAGGGAUAUCUGGUUUGGUUCUGAUAUGACGGGGGGUGGAAGAAAACGAUCGGACUGGAAUAUUUACCUCCUUGAAAAUGUUGUGGCCCCUGCUUAUGGUCGUUUGCUUGAGAAAGUAGCAUCAGAGAUUGGCCCUUGCAAUUUAUUCUUCUCGUUGUGGCCGACAACAUUAGUGUUAGAACCGUGGGCAUCAGUAGAACGGAAACUCUACCAAUUUGUUGCUGAAUUUAAUCUCCGUGUAUUAUAUACAGAAGCUAGAGGGGGUCAAUGGAUAUCAACCAAACAUGCUAUAUUUCCCGAUUUUACUUUCCCCAAGGCAGCUGAGCUUAUAAAAGCAUUAUCUGGUUCUUCUCUACCUGUCAUUUCACUUCCACCAUCAGUUUCGGAAAGGUUUAUGGAAAUCUGUCCAGCAUUGCAUUUUCUGACGCCUAAGCUGUUAAGGACUUUGUUGAUCAGAAGGAAGCGUGAAUUUAAGGACAGGGAUGCAAUGAUUUUGUCCCUUGAAUAUUGCUUACAUGACUUACAAGAAUCUAUGCAGUUUGAUACUCUAUGUGGCUUGCCCUUGUUACCACUUGCCAAUGGUUCCUUUACAUCAAUUGAUUUGAAGGGGGUUGGAGAAAGAGUUUACAUUGCACGUGGUGAUGAAUAUGGCCUUCUGAAGGAUUCCAUUCCCCAUCAACUUGUAGAUUGUGUUAUCCCAGAAGAAGUUCAUAAAAAGCUUUGUUACAUUGCCCAAACAAAUGGCACAAAUAUUUCUUUCUUGUCAUGCCAGUUGCUCGAGAAACUUCUUGUGAAAUUAUUGCCUGUAGAGUGGCAACAUGCUCGACAAGUAAGUUGGACUCCUGGUAUUCGUGGCCAACCAAGUUUAGAAUGGUUGCAAAUACUAUGGAACUAUCUGAAGUCAUAUUGUGAUGAUCUUUUAAUGUUUUCCAAGUGGCCUAUCUUACCUGUUGGGGAUGACUGCCUGAUGCAGUUAACUCCAAAUUUGAAUGUGAUAGAAAAUGAUGGAUGGAGUGAAAAAAUGUCUUCUUUGUUGUUGAAGGUUGGAUGUUUGUUCUUGAGACAUGACCUGCAAUUAGAUCACCCUCAACUGGAACAUUUUGUGCAGUCACCAACAGCAAGAGGUGUCUUAAAUGUCUUUUUGGCUAUUGCUGGGGAGCCACAAAAGAUUGAGGGGAUCUUUACAGAUGUAUCUGAAGGGGAGCUUCACGAACUUCGGAGUUUUAUUCUUCAGUCGAAAUGGUUCUCUGACGAGCAAAUUGAUAACACACAUAUUGAAAUCAUCAAACACCUCCCAAUAUUUGAGUCAUACAAUAGCAGAAAGCUUGUGAGUUUGAGUAAGCCUAUCAAAUGGCUUGGUCCUAGUGGUGUUCGAGAAGAUCUUUUAAAUGACAGCUUCAUAAGAAUUGAAUCAGAAAUGGAAAGGGUCAUUAUGAGAAGGUAUUUAGAGAUAAAAGAACCAACAAAAAUGGAAUUCUACAAGGAUCACAUAUUCAAUCGCAUGUCAGAGUUCCUUUCGAAGCAAGGAGUUGUUUCAGCCAUUCUGCAUGAUGUACAACUUUUGAUUAAAGAGGAUAUGUCUCUCAAGUCUGCACUUUCUGCUGUACCAUUUGUUCUGUCAGCCAAUGGAUCUUGGCAGCAACCGAAUCGGCUUUAUGAUCCUCGGGUUCCUCAGCUUAAAAAGAUGCUGCAUGUGAAUGUUUUCUUUCCUUCUGAUAAAUUCUUAGAUCCUGAAGUUUUGGAUACUUUAGUUUGCCUUGGACUCAGAAGAACUAUGGGAUUUACUGGUUUGCUUGAUUGUGCUAGAUCAGUCAGUCUGUUGCAUGAUUCUGGGGAUACUGCAGCAUUGAAGCAUGGUAGAGAGUUACUGGUUGUUUUAGAUGCAUUAGCGCUUAAGCUCUCAAAUAAAAUAGAAAGUAAUGAUGGUGAUCAACAGGGUGGCAUAACUGUGGGAAGCAGCAGUGUAAUGGAUGAUGCUGUUGUAUAUGAUACCUUUCCUAAAGAUGAGAACUCCCUAAAAGAUGAUAUUGAGUUAUCUGUAAGCAACUCUAUUGGUGAUAUGGUAGAAGAAGAAUUUUGGUCUGAAUUGAAACUAAUCUCUUGGUGUCCGGUAAUUUCUGAUCCAGCUGUUAGGGGACUUCCAUGGUUGAAAUCCAGCAACCAAGUAGCACCCCCCACAAUUGUGCGGCCUAAAUCACAGAUGUGGAUGGUAUCUUCCUCAAUGCACAUAUUAGACGGUGAGUGUGACGCGAUAUAUCUACAAACUAAACUUGGGUGGAUGGAUUGCCCAAAUGUAGGUGUUUUAUCAAGGCAGUUAAUUGAGCUAUCGAAUUCCUAUCAGCAGCUUAAGAAACAUUCAUUGCUGGAUCCUGGUUUUGAUGCUCAAUUGCAAAAGGAAAUACCUUGCCUUUAUUCAAAAUUGCAAGUAUAUAUUAAUACGGAUGACUUCAAUGAACUGAAAGCAGGAUUAGAUGGUGUUUCAUGGGUCUGGAUUGGUGAUGAUUUUGUAUCACCAAAUGCACUGGCAUUUGAUUCGCCUGUAAAAUUUACUCCUUACUUGUAUGUCGUUCCAUCUGAACUGUCAGAGUAUAAAGAUUUGAUGAUAAAGUUAGGGGUAAGAUUGAGUUUUGGUAUUUCGGACUAUCUUCAUGUAAUACAAAGUUUGCAGAAUGAUGUGCAAGGAGUUCCUCUUUCAAUAGAUCAGUUAAAUUUUGUUCGCUGUGUCCUUGAAGCCAUAGCAGAUUGUUGCUUGGAGAAGCCACUUUUUGAACCUUUUGACAGUCCCUUGUUGAUUCCUGAUUCUUUUGGAGUUCUGAUGCAUGCAGGAGAUCUUGUAUAUAAUGAUGCACCUUGGCUGGAAAACAGUUCUCUUAUUGGGAGACAUUUUGUGCAUCCAAGUAUCAGCAAUGAUUUGGCAGACAGGCUGGGUGUACAGUCAGUUCGGUGCCUCUCUUUAGUCAGUGAAGAUAUGACUAAAGAUCUGCCAUGCAUGGACUACAAUAAAAUAAAUGAACUUUUGGCCCUGUAUGGAAAAGAUGAGUUUUUGUUGUUUGACCUCCUAGAGUUGGCAGAUUGCUGCAAUGCCACAAAAUUGCACCUGAUUUAUGAUAAGAGAGAACAUCCUCGACAGUCUUUGCUGCAACACAAUUUAGGUGAAUUCCAAGGGCCUGCUCUUGUAGCGAUCUUUGAAGGUGCGUGCUUGAGUCGAGAAGAAUUUAUUAAUUUCCAGCUCCUUCCUCCAUGGAGAUUACGUGGCAACACACUUAAUUAUGGUUUGGGAUUGAUUUGCUGCUAUUCCAUAUGUGACCUUCUCUCGGUCAUUUCUAGUGGCUAUUUUUACAUGUUCGAUCCUCGUGGUUCGGUACUUGCUGCACCUUCAACUAAUGCCCCAACAGCAAAGAUGUUUAAUUUGAUAGGUACUGAUCUGACACAACGAUUUUGUGAUCAAUUUAGUCCAAUGCUCAUUGAUCAGAAUGACUUAUGGUCAUUAUCAGAUUCUACCAUUAUUCGCAUGCCUCUAUCAUCUGAUUGCUCUAAGGUUGAACCUGACUUUGGAUCAAACAGAAUAAAGAAUAUCACUGAUAUAUUUAUGGAGCAUGGAUCGAGAACACUCCUAUUUUUGAAGUCAGUUUUGCAGGUGUCAAUAUCAACAUGGGAAGAAGGACAUUCACAUCCAUGCCAGAAUUUUUCAAUAAGCAUUGAUCCAUCAUCUUCUGUUAUGAGGAAUCCAUUUUCAGAAAAAAAAUGGAGAAAGUUCCAAUUAUCAAGACUAUUUAGCAGCUCCAAUGCUGCGAUAAAAAUGCAUGUAAUAGAUGUGAGUUUAUAUUCAGAAGGGACUACAAUCAUUGAUCGAUGGCUUCUGGUACUGAGCCUGGGUUCUGGGCAAACGAGAAAUAUGGCUCUUGAUAGGCGGUAUCUGGCUUACAAUUUGACUCCUGUUGCUGGAAUAGCAGCACUUAUAUCCAGAAAUGGUCAUCAUGCCAAUGUUUACUCAAUGAGUUCGAUUAUGACCCCUCUUCCUUUGUCUGGUUGUAUAAACAUUCCUGUUACUGUCCUAGGUUGUUUCCUUGUGUGUCACAAUAGAGGUCGUUAUCUCUUUAAAUACCAAGACAGAGGUGCUUCAGCUGAGGGACACUUUGAUGCCGGAAAUCAAUUAAUUGAAUCUUGGAACAGAGAGCUGAUGUCUUGUGUAUGUGAUUCCUAUGUUGAAAUGGCUUUGGAGAUUCAGAAGCUAAGAAGAGAUGUUUCAAGUUCUAUAAUUGAUUCUGGUGCCUAUCCUGCGAUUAAUCUCUCUUUGAAGGCUUGUGGAGAUCAGAUCUACUCCUUCUGGCCACGUUCUUCAGAAAGGCAUGUUCUGACUGAUCAACUUGUUCUUAAAGCUGAUUGGGAAUGCCUUAAAGAACGCGUAAUUCAUCCAUUUUAUUCUCGUAUUGUUGAUCUUCCAGUGUGGCAGCUGUACUCAGGAAACUUAGUCAAGGCUGAAGAAGGCAUGUUUCUUUCACAGCCUGGGAAUGGGAUGAUUGGUAGUUUACUUCCUGCUACUGUUUGCAGCUUUGUAAAAGAGCAUUAUCCUGUAUUUUCUGUACCUUGGGAAUUGGUGACUGAAAUCCAAGCUGUGGGUUUUUCAGUGCGUGAAAUUAGACCUAAAAUGGUUCGGGAUCUCCUAAAAAUUUCUUCAAAAUCAAUCACUCUGCGAUCCAUUGACAUGUAUAUAGAUGUUCUUGAGUACUGCUUAUCAGAUUAUCAGGAAACAGGAAGCACUUCUUCUCAGGAGUCUAAUAUCCACAGCUCCACAGGCAUAGCUACUCAGGGAGCAGCCAGUUCUGCAGAUGCAUUGGAAAUGAUGACAAGUUUAGGGAAGGCUUUAUUUGAUUUUGGUCGGGGUGUUGUUGAAGAUAUUGGUAGAGCAGGACCAUCGGCUUACAAGAAUGCUGUGACAGGCAUAGGUCAAAAUAGGGACCCGAAGUUUAUAUCAAUUGCUGCAGAACUCAAAGGUUUACCAUGCCCAACUGCAACUAGCCAUUUAAAAAAGUUGGGCUCAACUGAACUUUGGAUUGGGAAUAAGGAGCAACAAUCAUUAAUGGUUCCCUUAGGAGAAAAAUUUAUUCAUCCUAAAGUAUUAGACAGACCUCUCUUGGGUGACAUUUUUUCUAACUUUUACCUUCAAGCGCUAUUGAAACUGCAGAAUUUUUCUCUUAAUCUUCUAGCCAAUCAUAUGAAACUAAUUUUCCAUGAAGACUGGGUGAACCAUGUAAUGGGAUCAAAUAUGGCUCCGUGGCUCUCAUGGGAGAAACUGCCUAGUUCUGGUGGUCAAGGGGGUCCUUCUCCUGAAUGGAUUAGGAUAUUCUGGAAAAGUUUCAGGGGAUCACAAGAAGAAUUAUCUCUUUUCUCUCAUUGGCCCCUAAUUCCUGCUUUUCUUGGUAGGCCAGUCUUAUGCCGUGUAAGAGAGCGGCAUCUGGUCUUCAUUCCUCCUUUUGUGCAACCAACAUUAACGAGUGGCAUUUUAGAAAGAGAAUCCACUGAAAAUUAUGGGGGUGAGGUUAGGGUAUCUAGGGAUAAUAAUUCUGAAGCUGAGUUAGCUGUGUCCUUCAUUUCAGCUUUUGAAAGAUUCAAAAAUAGUUAUCCCUGGUUGUUGUCAAUGUUAAACCAGUGUAAUAUACCCAUAUUUGAUGAGGCAUUUAUAGAUUGCGCUGCUUCAUGCAAUUGUUUUUCUAUGCCUGAUCAACCACUAGGCCAAGUUAUUGCAUCCAAACUUGUGGCAGCUAAGCAAGCUGGAUAUUUCAAUGAACCUACUAACUUCUCAGCUUCAAAUUGUGAUGAGCUUUUUUCACUUUUUUCUGAUGAAUUCAUUUCCAAUGGCUUUCACUAUGCACCGGAAGAAAUUGAAGUUUUGCGUUCUCUCCCUAUAUAUAAAACAGUUGUUGGUUCUUAUACUAAGUUGCAAGGUCAAGAUCAGUGUAUGAUCCAUUCAAAUUCAUUUUUUAAACCACAUGAAGAGCAUUGUCUUUCUUAUGCCACAGAUUCACAUGAAAGUUCAUUUCUUCGAGCCCUUGGGGUGCUGGAGUUGCGUGAUCAACAGAUCUUAGUACGCUUUGGCUUGCCUGGCUUUGACAGGAAGCCUCAGAAUGAGCAAGAGGAAAUACUAAUAUACGUUUUUAAAAAUUGGCAUGAUCUUCAGUCAAAUCAAUUGGUGGUUGAAGCUCUGAAAGAGACUAAAUUUGUGAGAAAUUCUGAUGAAUUUUCAACAGAUCUGUUAAAGCCCAUAGAACUAUUUGAUCCUGAUGAUGCUAUAUUAAUUUCUAUUUUCUUUGGUGAGAGAAGAAAAUUUCCUGGAGAAAGGUUCAGUACUAAUGGAUGGCUUCAAAUAUUAAGGAAACUGGGCCUUAGAACUGCUACUGAAGUAGAUGUAAUAAUUGAAUGUGCCAAAAGAGUUGAGUUUCUUGGAUUUGAGUGCAUGAAAUCAGGUGAGUCGGAUGAUUUUGAGGCAGACAUGACCAACUCUCAUCCUGAAGUUUCACCAGAAGUGUGGGCAUUAGGAGGAUCUGUAGUUGAAUUUGUUUUCUCCAACUUCGCUCUUUUCUUUAGCAACAACUUCUGUGAUCUUCUUGGCAAGAUUGCCUGUGUACCUGCUGAACUGGGGUUUCCAAGUGUUGGUUGCAAGAGGGUUCUUGCUUCAUAUAGUGAAGCUAUUUUGUCUAAAGAUUGGCCUCUAGCUUGGAGUUGUGCUCCCAUUCUUUCCAAACAACACAUUGUUCCACCAGAGUAUUCUUGGGGAGCUUUCCAUCUACGGAGUCCUCCAGCUUUUUCCACAGUUUUGAAGCAUUUGCAAGUAAUCGGGAAAAAUGGAGGUGAAGAUACUCUUGCUCAUUGGCCCAUUGCUUCCGGAAUGAACAUUGAGGAGUGUACCUGUGAGAUUUUAAAAUAUUUAGACAAAAUUUGGGGUUCCCUUUCUUCCUCAGAUGUGGCAGAGCUACAGGGAGUGGCUUUUUUGCCUGCUGCAAAUGGAACGCGCCUAGUGACUGCUGAUGCUCUUUUCGCUCGUUUGAUGAUUAAUUUGUCUCCAUUUGCUUUUGAACUUCCCACUGUAUAUCUACCAUUCGUGAAGAUUCUUAAAGAUUUGGGGCUUCAGGACAUGCUAACACUUACUGCUGCAAAGGAUCUUCUCUUAAACCUUCAGAAAGCCUGUGGAUAUCAGCAUUUAAAUCCAAAUGAGCUCCGUGCUGUGAUGGAAAUUUUGAAUUUUAUUUGUGAUCAGAUUGUUGAAGGGAACACAUUUGAUGGGUCUAACUGGAAAUCAGAAGCCAUUGUUCCUGAUGAUGGCUGCAGACUUGUUCGCUCAGCAUCCUGUGUUUAUGUUGAUUCGUAUGGUUCUCGAUAUGUUAAAUGUAUUGAUACUUCCAGAAUUAGAUUUGUCCAUGCAGAUCUUCCUGAGAGAGUAUGUACUGUCCUGGACAUCAAAAAAUUGUCUGAUGUUGUCAUAGAGGAACUAGAUGAGAAUCAGAAGUUACAGUAUUUGGGAUCUAUCGGUUCUGUUUUUCUAGUGACCAUCAAACAGAAGUUAUCAAGCAGAUCCCUUCAAACUGCAGUAUGGACGGUUGUUAAUAGCAUGGCCAGUUACGUUCCUGCAUUCAAUAGAUUUUCAUUGGAUGAAAUAGAAUGCUUACUGAACUCUACUGCAGAAAAGGUGCAAUUUGUUAAGCAUCUAAAUACAAGGUUUUUGCUCUUGCCCAAUUUAGUAGAUGUUACACGUGCAGCCAAAGAUUUUGUUAUCCCAGAGUGGAAGAACGAAUCUGCACAUCAAACUCUUUAUUUUAUGAACCAAUCAAGAUCCUGUAUUCUAGUUGCUGAACCACCAUCUUAUAUUUCCCUUUUUGAUCUCAUUGCUAUUGUAGUCAGCCAGGUAUUAGACUCUCCUAUCAUAUUGCCUAUUGGAUCCUUAUUAGUUUGUCCUGAAGGAUCUGAGGUUGCAGUUGUUAAUGUUUUAAAACUUUGCUCUGACAAGAAAGAAGUUGAACCCAUAAAUGGAACCAGCAAUAUGGUUGGCAAAGAAAUAUUGCCACAAGAUGCUCGUCUUGUGCAGUUCCAUCCAUUGAGGCCCUUUUAUUCUGGUGAAAUAGUGGCUUGGCGGUCUCAACACGGAGAAAAACUGAAAUAUGGUAAGGUUCCUGAGGAUGUCAGACCAUCAGCUGGUCAAGCUCUGUACAGAUUUAAGAUUGAAGUUGCACCAGGAGUGACACAGACUUUCCUUUCAUCACAAGUAUUUUCAUUUAAAAGUGUAGCAGCAAGCAGUCCCCUAAAAGAAACAUUGGUGCAUGAUAGCCCUAUAGUAGGCAGUAACAGGCCUCAUGUUGAGUUCCCAGAGAGUUCAGGAAGGGGAGAAAGCUACUCUCAGGUUUAGCCCUCUGAACUUCAGUCUGGCAAAGUUUCUGCUGCAGAACUGGUGCAGGCUGUCAAUGAAAUACUCUCUGCUGCCGGGAUCAAUAUGGAUGUGGAGAAGCAGGCUCUACUUCAGAGAACAAUAAAUUUGCAAGAAAAUCUAAGAGAAUCUCAGGCAGUGCUUCUGUUGGAGCAGGAAAAGGUUGAAAGGGCAACAAAAGAGGCUGAUACAGCAAAAUCAGCAUGGAUUUGUCGGGUUUGUCUGAGUGCGGAGGUUGAUAUAACAAUAGUUCCUUGUGGUCAUGUAUUGUGUCGGAGAUGUUCUUCUGCAGUAUCAAGGUGUCCCUUUUGUCGGCUUCAGGUUACAAAGGCUAUCAGAAUUUUCCGGCCAUAGCAUCUAUGCUGCUUGAUAAGCAUUUGGACAUUGUUUCUAAAGUUCCACUCGCCAAUGUGGGCUAAUUGUUGUGUAAAAAGUAUUUUUUGCUAUUCUUUGAUAAGAAAACAAUUAAUCAGCUGCAUAUAGACUCUGAUUUGAAUAUCAUUUUGUGAUGGAGCCCAAAUAAAUGGGUGGUUUUGAUGCUUUCAAGUUAAUAGGCCUCUCUCUCUCUC